AUGUUGGGUGGUUCGAGCAGAGACCCCUCCAUCAAGAGUAUGCACCUUUGGUCAAGCAUACUCACGAUGGAUGAUGCAAAGCAAAACAUUUUUAUCCAGCGUGUACUCAUGCUGCAUGAGAUCGCUCUCAAGCAGGGAGGACGUGCCAGUAUACCACGGCUGGCAUUGAGUGAUUGGAACACCCUUGCGGAUCAGUUUUGCUUCCUUGGCCAUUGCUUGAAGCACAUGUGGGAGAAAACUGACAGCUCUGGAAACAGAAUGUUCAAUGAUGCUCUGAUUACAUCCAUCUGCAAACGCUGUGUUGAAGGGGACUACAUGAGUGACGCCGAGACCGCGCUUGAAGUUCUUGACCCUCAAUUCAACCCAGAAGAGACUACCAUGUUCAAGGAACACAAGCCUGAAGAAGUGGAUGCUGUGAAGGAACAGGUGGCGCAGUGUGAUGCCCAGGUGUCUGUCCUCAACCAGGACGCGCGAAAAGCGCAGUUCGAAGCGGACUGCCUGGCCCUCGCCAGAGACCUGGCACAGGUGGCGAGCCUCUACAAAGUGAUUGAGAAGGGGGAACGUGGGCGAAGGUCAGACAAAGACCGAGAACAAAACACGUUCAAUGGCUGCCAGAUCAUGUUGGACAGGUCCCUAUCUGAAGUUCAAGAAGCAGCACAGCUUCUGUCUGGGGAACAACUUCCCAGGAUUUUGCUGAACUCUGUGCUGAUGAAGUCGGGAGUUUCAUCUGGGGGCACUGUGGGCAUCAUGAAUUUGACCCCGUACGACGCAUGGUUGGAGCGGACUUGCCACAAAGGAUUCGAUGGGAUGACCUUCCGAACGGUUUCAACCACCAAGAACCUGCAGAUCAGUCAGUAUGUUGAGAAGGUCCUAGCAUUAGAUUUGAUGGAGGACUGGCCCUACGAGAAGGACCCCCCACCGCCACCUCCAGGUCAAGGCGAAGUGGAUCCAUCUGCCUAUCCACUGAAGGUGGUGAAGUACGGCAGAAAGAAUGCAGCUGAGAUCCAAGCGCUUGUGGUGGCAGCUCAGGAGGAACAGAAAGCACCUCCAGUCAAGAUUGUUCCGUGGGAAGAGCCUGUUGCUCUUGAGCAGGUCAUGGACCAGUAUGUGGUUGAAACCAAAUUUUCUGGCCGUAUGGCUGGCACGAGCUUGCUGCUGGUGCGGGCUAGGCGUAGGGAUGGAUCUCUGUCCCAAGUGGUUGAUGACCAGGAGUUCAAGUUAUUCAUCGUGGUUUGGCGUCAUUUCAUGGGGAGGAUGACUGAUCAAAGAUGA